UCUUCACACGUGCGACCAAUUGGCCCGUGUAACCGUGCUGGGAUUCAGACUAUCUUAUGCAAUUCUAGUCUCAUUUGUUAGCGAGGGUUUACGAUCGGACAAAGCACUGUGUAGCUGACCUUGUACGUGUCAGCUUUCCCGGUUCAAUUUCCGGGGAAUUACGCUCGGAUCUCCGAUAAGAGUUAAAAUGAGAUGGCGUCUUCACAAAAUGUUGAGAUGGAGGCAGCAAAAUUCCUGCACAAGCUCAUUCAAGAGUCUAAAGAUGAGCCUGCAAAAUUGGCUACAAAACUUUAUGUGAUAUUGCAACACAUGAAAUCGAGUGGGAAAGAACAUUCGAUGCCAUAUCAAGUAAUAUCAAGGGCAAUGGAGACUGUUAUCAACCAACACGGCCUUGAUAUUGAAGCUUUGAAGUUAUCACGCAUUCCUUUGACUGGUGGUAAUCAAAUAGGUGAUUCAGCAUCUGCUCAGUUUCCAGGGUCUUCACAGGCAGGUGGGGUAGCAAAAGAUUCAAAAGUGGGCUUGGCUGAAAGUGAGGUGUCUAAAGUUGACCCAUAUGCUUCAAACAGGCCGCCUGUUGGCCAAAGCAGUUCAGGGCAUGAUUAUUAUCAAGGAUCUGUAGCUCAUAGGAGUAGUCAGUCUUUUGAUCAUGAAAGUCCAUCUAGUUUGGACUCUAGAUCUGCCAACUCGCAAUCACAAGAAAGGCAGCAAAGGGAUGGUAAAAAAGCCACUGCAAAGAGAAAGAGGGGAGAUACAUCAUUACCAGUGGAACAGCAUGACAACACUCAACAACUUGAUACUCGAAAUGCUGUAGUUAAUCCAAGGAAGGGGAAGAUGAACAAGGUUGAACCGUUGGCAAGCCUGUCAGUUAAAGGAGGUGAGCGUACCAAUUUUAACAUGGCUCCAAGUAGUGGUCAAAUGGAACAUUUUUCAUCAUUGUCUGGUAGCAUGAGAUCAGCGCUUAGAACCAAGCAAGAGGGUCAACAUAUGAUAGAGAAGCAGUUGGAUUCGGCAAACAUGAGCAAUUCAAUGCUGCGGGCUCCAAAUCCAAAAUACCCCGAAGAAGUGGAAGUUUCUUCUGCUUCAGGACAACAGCAAGGCGGUUCCCUACCUUCCCAUGAUAUCAGGGGUGGAUGGAAUCAAAAUAAAACAGGCUUACCAUUCGAAAAAUCUCAAGUACCCAGAUUUUCUUCUAAUGUUGUUUCUGGUAAUAUGAUGGCAGAGAUAUCGGCACAGCAGUCAACAGCUCCAUCUCUUGGGUCAAGUGCUUUUGGCAAGGUUCAGGGAGGGAUGGCCAUUGCUCCUAGUUCUUAUCCGGUAGUAGAAUCAGGAUUUUCGAUUCCAAUGCGAUUCAGUGGUUCUUUGGAGCAUGAAGGAGGAAGUUCAAACAUGCUAGUUGAUGCAAACAAGACUGGCAGGCAAAGUAACGUGUCAGAAAUGAGUAUGCUUAGGAAUGCGGCUCCUAGAGAUACAGGAAAAGCUCCAAUUCCCCAUGCUCCCACGGCUUCUGGCAUGCCUUUCAAGGAACAACAGUUGAAACAGCUAAGAGCCCAGUGCCUUGUCUUUUUAGCAUUCAGAAAUGGUUUGUUGCCAAAGAAACUGCAUCUUGAAAUUGCACUUGGAAACAUCUUUCCUAAAGAAGGUGGCAAUACAGAUGGACCUCGGAAAGAGCUGAGUGACCAUAAAGGAAAGGUGCAGUCUUCGAACGAUCCUAGUAGCAGCCCCGAUGCCAUGAUGCCAUUCGUAAGACCGAACACUGUGAGGGAAACUGAUAUACUCCCUCCAGUUGCCUCAUCUACUAGAAGACUCAUGGAGGCUGACACCUUCCCAAGAGAAGCCGGGAGCCUAAAAAUGACCGAGGACAAAAAUGGCCUAACUUCUGACAUUUCUGUACUUGCAGAAGGAAAGAAACAUCUUCUAGCUGCAAGAAAACCCGAGGCUGAAACGCAGACUCAGGAAAUAGCAGCUUCACAGGCUUGUUUAACCAUGGCACCACAGCAGCCUGGUUCUUUAAAUACAAGGGGUGCAUUAGCUGUUAGUAAUCCUGUUGAAGAUGUCGAGAAUAGCCAUCUGCAAGUUGGAAGGGUUAACCAAGCUUCUUCUGUUAUGGGCAGAAAUAAGCAGAUGAACCCGGAGAUAAUUAGCUGGACUGGAAUUGGUGGUCAUAGUGAGGUUUCUAGGGGUCCCAUACUGGCCUCUUCUCUUCAGCAUGAGUUGCUGCCAGAAAGAAAAGAUAGUAAUUAUAGUCAGUUUCAAAACCUCAGUAACAGCAGUGGUCCAGGGAAUCAAUAUGCGGAUAGUCAAUCGUCUUCUUUUACAUUGAAAGAGCAAUGGAAAACUAUUUCGGGAGUUGACAAUGAUCAUCACACCGCAAUUCCAAUGAAGGAUGCUAAUGUGAUGUCAAAACGUGUAUCUCAGGAACAAGAAGAGGAAGAUAGGUCAGUAUCUACUGAUUCACCACCCUCUCCAAAGUACACCAUGUCAGAGAAAUGGCUUAUGGAUCAGCAGAAAAAGAAAUUCCUAGUUGAGCAAAGUUGGGUACAAAAACAGCAAAAAACAAAGCAAAGAAUUGCCACUUGUUUUGACAAGUUAAAGGAAAAUGUAAGCUCAUCUGAAGAUAUAUCUGCAAAAACCAAAAGUGUCAUAGAAUUGAAAAAACUUCAACUGCUGGAUCUUCAACGCCGCCUCAGGAGUGAUUUUCUGAAUGAUUUUUUUAAACCAAUUACAACUGAAAUGGAUCGCUUGAAAUCAUUCAAGAAACAUAGACAUGGUAGGAGGAUAAAACAAGUUGAAAAGUUUGAGCAGAAAAUGAAGGAAGAGCGACAAAAGAGAAUUCGUGAAAGGCAGAAGGAGUUCUUUAGUGAGAUAGAAGUUCACAAGGAAAGACUGGAUGAUGUGUUCAAAAUUAAGAGAGAGCGCUGGAAGGGUUUCAAUAAGUAUGUGAAGGAGUUCCAUAAAAGGAAGGAACGUAUCCAUCGAGAAAAGAUCGACAGAAUCCAGCGUGAGAAGAUUAAUUUAUUGAAGAUCAAUGACGUGGAGGGGUAUCUGCGAAUGGUGCAGGAUGCAAAAUCAGAUCGUGUUAAGCAACUUCUCAAAGAGACAGAGAAAUAUCUUCAAAAGCUUGGAUCCAAGCUUCAGGAGGCAAAAACUACGGCAGGGCGUUUUGGGCAUGAUAUGGAUGAGAUAGGAACUGAAAGUGUUAUUGAGAAGAGUGAAACUACUGUUGAUAAUGAAGACGAAAGUGAUCAGGCGAAGCAUUAUAUGGAAAGCAAUGAGAAGUACUAUUUGAUGGCUCAUAGUAUAAAAGAGAACAUUGCUGAGCAGCCAUUUUCCCUUCAGGGUGGAAAACUAAGGGAGUAUCAAAUGAAUGGCCUAAGGUGGCUGGUUUCACUAUACAACAAUCAUUUGAAUGGAAUUCUUGCGGAUGAAAUGGGCCUUGGUAAAACCGUUCAGGUUAUUGCUCUAAUGUGUUACCUCAUGGAAACCAAAAACGAUAGAGGGCCAUUUCUUGUGGUUGUGCCAUCUUCAGUUCUACCUGGAUGGGAGUCAGAAAUAAGCUUUUGGGCCCCUGGUGUGCAUAAAAUCGUCUAUGCUGGGCCUCCAGAGGAGCGGCGUAGGCUAUUUAAGGAAAAGAUUGUUCAUCGGAAAUUCAAUGUCCUUCUGACAACAUAUGAGUAUCUGAUGAAUAAGCAUGAUAGGCCGAAACUAAGUAAAGUACACUGGCAUUACAUUAUAAUUGAUGAAGGCCAUCGCAUAAAGAAUGCUUCUUGUAAAUUGAAUGCUGACUUGAGGCACUAUCAGAGCUCUCACAGAUUGCUGUUAACUGGAACGCCACUACAGAACAAUCUUGAGGAAUUGUGGGCACUGCUUAAUUUCUUGUUGCCUAAUAUUUUUAAUUCAUCGGAAGAUUUUUCUCAAUGGUUCAACAAACCAUUUCAGAGUAAUGGUGAUAAUUCACAGGAUGAAGCGUUACUGUCUGAGGAGGAGAAUCUUUUGAUCAUAAACCGGCUUCACCAAGUUCUACGGCCAUUUGUACUUCGGAGGCUGAAACACAAGGUUGAAAAUCAACUGCCUGAAAAGAUUGAGAGACUUAUAAGAUGUGAGGCGUCUGCAUAUCAGAAGCUUUUGAUGAAGAGGGUGGAAGAAAAUCUUGGUUCUAUUGGAGCUUCAAAGGCUCGAACUGUGCACAACUCUGUUAUGGAGCUCCGUAAUAUAUGCAAUCAUCCAUAUCUCAGCCAGAUUCACGCAGAGGAGGUUGAUCGUUUAAUACCCAAGCAUUAUCUGCCACCAAUUAUUAGACUAUGUGGGAAGCUUGAGAUGCUAGAUCGGUUACUACCCAAACUUAAAGCAACAGAUCAUCGGGUUCUUUUCUUUUCCACAAUGACUAGGCUGCUUGAUGUUAUGGAGGAAUAUCUCAACUGGAAGCAAUAUCGAUACCUUCGGUUGGACGGGCAUACAUCUGGGGGUGAUCGUGGUGCCCUUAUAGACAUGUUCAACCAACAAGUUUCUCCCUAUUUUAUAUUUCUGCUCAGCAUUCGAGCUGGUGGUGUUGGAGUGAAUCUUCAAGCUGCUGAUACAGUGAUCAUCUUCGAUACUGACUGGAAUCCGCAGGUUGAUCUGCAAGCGCAGGCAAGGGCUCAUAGGAUUGGCCAGAAGAGAGAUGUGCUUGUUCUUCGAUUUGAAACUGUCCAAACUGUUGAAGAACAAGUCAGAGCUGCGGCUGAGCACAAACUGGGAGUUGCUAAUCAAAGCAUUACUGCUGGUUUCUUUGACAAUAAUACAAGUGCCGAAGAUCGAAGGGAAUACUUGGAGUCUCUCCUCCGGGAGAGUAAGAAAGAGGAAGCUGCACCUGUAUUAGAUGACGAUGCUCUAAAUGAUCUCAUAGCCCGCAGUGAGUCAGAGAUUGAUGUUUUUGAAUCGGUUGACAAACAAAGGCAGGAGAAAGAGAUGGCAACAUGGAAGUCGUUAUGUGAACAGGAGAUGGAUGGUUUGGAUCCUGUGCCUCCCCCACAUUCUCGCCUUGUAACAGAUGAUGAUUUGAAAGAAUUUUAUGAAGCAAUGAAGAUAUUUGAAGUGCCAAGGGCUGGGGUGGUAUCUAAUGUUGGGAUAAAGCGGAAGGGCGAGUAUCUUGGGGGCCUUGAUACUCAACAUUAUGGAAGGGGCAAACGGGCUAGAGAGGUGCGUUCCUAUGAAGAGCAAUGGACAGAAGAGGAAUUUGAGAAGAUUUGUCAGGUUGACUCUCCUGAAUCUCCCAAACCAAAGGAAGAAGUGAUAGAGGCAAAGUUGCCAAUAGAUGCUGAUAGGUCUAUGGAGGCUAUUGUUAAAACAGAAUUACCUGCUCCAAUCCCGCUGCCCCCACCACUACCCUCUGUGGAGCCUCCACCUUUGCAGCAAAGCAAGGAGAUAACACCACCUUCUAGACGGGGCCGAGGAAGGCCAAAGAGAGCAACAUCAGAUAAAUUGCCAGCUUCCACGGUUCCUCUAGCAUCUCCUGAACCAGGCAAACUGACCAAUAUAACAUCUGGUCCUGAUUCUAUCAAUGUGAAGGUUAGCAGUGAAACAGUGCAUCAUACUGGUGCAGGGAUUGCUCCUAGCUCUCAGCCUGCCAUCAUUAUACCUUCUAUUAUGCCUGGCUCUGAAUUGACCGUUGCUUCCCCUUCUGUUUCCAUCCAAGUAAAAGGACAAGGUCGGAAAACUCAAAGUGGUGUGGAAGCACCCCGGCGAAGGGGAAAGAAACAGGGGCUGGUAUCACCUGCUGUUCCUGGUUUAGUUGCCCCUGAUCUAAAAAUAAAUGAGCAAGCACAAAGUAAACCCAUGAAUCCAUCUGGGAGUGAAGCCAUUGCAAUGAGUGGAAGUAUAUCUGACAUCCCCACUGCCCACACUCCAGAUUGUUUGCCUGGUUCUGCUGCCUUAAAAUGUAUCACCGGAGCUGAUCAGCAUUCUGGCGUAGGGAUUGCUGUGAAUUCUCAGUCAACCCAUCCUUUCCCUUCUGUUUCUCCAGUUUCUGAAUCCAGCCCUCCUUGUCCUUCUGUCCCUAUGGAAAUUAAAGGGCAAAGUCGAAAGACUCAGAGUGGAGUAGGAGCACCCCGGCGUAGGGGAAGGAAACCGGCAACAGCAUCGCUUGCAGUUCCAAAUGUGUUGGCUGGUCAGAAUUUAAAACCAAGUACCAAUUCACUGGAUAAAUCUGGUGAUUCAGAGCAGAGCAAGAAAGAGAAUAAUGCUCAGGAAAUGACAAAUAUUGUCCAGGAGCAAGCAUGUCAUGCGCCUGAUGGCGUACCUGGUCAGGGUAAAGAAUCAACUGAACUAUCAGAUGAUUUAGCCCGAAGCAAGCAGAUAAUAACAAGUCCAUCAACAAUGCAAGAAAGUGCUUCCAGAUCCCCAGGGGCUGCCUUGGGACAGUGUCAAAAUACUGAUGUGUGUGAGAAGCAAUCUGUGACAAUGGAAGUUUCAUCUGAAAAUGUCUCGUUGAAAACAAAAAUUAGUGAGCUUCCGAGGAGUGAAGGAGGGGUUGUCCCAUGUGAACCAGUAUUAAGUCAGACCGUCAUCGAGGUGAUAAAGAACCACAGUUCAGAGGAUGGAAGUCAUCCAAUUGUGUCAUCUUCAAAUGCUGCAACUCCAGUUUUUGGUCGUCCUGCUGAUUCUUUUCCUGUCUCUCCUACUAUGGAAGGCGUCAGUAAGACUCUGCCUAAUGUUGCUGCCAAGAUUGCUCCUAGCUCUCAGUCAGCCCUGUCGUACUCUUCUGUUGCUCCAGUCUCUCAAUCUAUCCCUUCUUGCCCUUCAGAACCUAUGCAAGUCAAAAGGCAAGUUCGUAAGACUCCAGCCAGAGUAGAGGCACCGCGGCGUAGGGGAAGGAAACAGACUCCAGUAGUACCUGCUAUUCCUGAUGGUUCAGCUACUCAGGAUCCUAAAUCAAGUCUACAAUCACAGAAUAGAUCUGGGGAUUCAUUGGGAACUAAAGCAAUUUCCUUGAGAAGUAAGCAAGGGACUGAUUCACAGGAACUGAUGAAUGUUAUUCAAGCUCAAGCAUGUGAAGUCCAGUCACCUGGUGGUUUAGCUGGUCAUGAUCCAAAAAGAAAAGAGCGAUCAGCCAAUGCUGGCCAAAAUAAGCAGACAAAGCUUGACAUUGGUGCUGGAACCUCAGAUAAGAUCCCCCUUUUAGGCCGAAUUCAGACUGCUGAUGUAAAUGAUGUUGCUCGUGUGAUGAAGGAGGUCUUUUCGGGAACUGUCCCGUCAAAAACUAGAGUUCUAGAGUCUUUUGGAAGCGAAGGAAGGGAUGCCUCAAAAUUAGCUGUAUCAAGUAAAUUCUUAGUGGAGAUGGCCAAAAUCCAUAGUCCAGAGGAUAAAGCAUGUUCAGCAAUGCCAACUAUGGAAACAGCAGCUCGAGCUUUUGUUGAAAAACAGCCUGAGACUAAAGCUGAUGCGAAAGUAGAAGAUGCCAAUGCUCCUGUUAUGAGUGAGACCCUUGUUCCCCUGACUAAUGAAGGCAAACCUCAAAGCAAUUCUGUUGCGGGCACUGUUCAAAAGAUUGAAGAUUCAGGACAGCUUUCUAAUGAAAACUCAACUACGCCAAGUAUAAUGGAGAGCAUUUGUGCAUCUUCUCUCACUGCUGGCCAGAAAGAUGUUGAUCAUUGCCAGAGAGCACCUCCGGAUGGUGAUCUAGCUGGAUUUAUUAGAGGGGCCUCUAGCGACCAGGUGGAUUCAUCUUUGGCAUGUCCUGGUGAAGUGGAGCCUCCUAUUGGAGUCAGUGAUAAUUCUGGAAACAAAUCCAACUCUUCUUUGAAAGAGUCUCCAAGUUCAUCUCCUGUUGAUCCUAGUGGCCUUGUAUGUCCCACAAUUUCCCCAAAGACUAAUGAUGCUGGUGAUAAUCCUGAAACUAUCUCAUCUGUUCCAACAAAUCCAGAUGAUCCAGACAUGGUGAAGUCUCCUGGUAUGACUGAGAGUGGUUCUGGAAAUAAAAUGGAGGCUUUUGUUAAAGUGCAUAUGAGGUCAUCUAAUGAGUUUAACAGCCCUGAAGGUCUUAGAGUUUCAACAAAAUCUGACGAUGUUGGUGAUCAUCUUACAGUGACGUCACAUAUUCCGGCAGCUCCAGAUCAUACUGGCUCAGAAGUGGCUCCUGAUGUGGUUGAGACACAGAAUAAUUCUGGGAAAAAAACAGAAUGUGCUGAAAAAGAGUCUCCAGACAUUUAUAAUUUUAGUGGGAGUGUUUCUGACAAUUUAGACAUGGCUUCUGCGGAAGCUAAAGCUACUGAAUGCUCCAGUGAAGCUGUUGUUGAGGGCUUGGAAACUUCCCAAAAAGACAUUGAUCUUGGAGCUGUUCUUGGUCCAGCUGAUACUGUCCGGGGGUAUAGUACUGUCACUUCAGAUGAGACUCCUUCUGACAAGGGCCAAUGGGAUGCUCAACAGAGCGGUAGUAAAGCUCAAGGGGAACCUAGGUUGGAAACUGUGCGCUCAGUUGUUCCUGAAUCUACUAAUGCUGAGCUUGUUCCAAAAGAUCAUGUUGGCCAACUGCCACCAGAAAUGCCAAGUUCUGUGGGUGAUUGUGUUGAAGUUUGCAAUAUGGAAGUGGACCCAUCUGAGGGUUUGUCUGAGAAGGAUCCAGUUGGAAGCACAGUACCACUGGACGUGUUAGAAUGUCCUGAAGCUGAGAUGGGUGAUGGAAUUGAUACAUCUCAGGUUGGUGGGGUUUUGCCAGAAGGAAAUAUGUCAGAAAACAUUGAUCUGCCUUUAUCAUCCAUAGUUAGAGAGGAAAAAGAGGGUGACACCUCCAAUAUGGGUCCAGUUAGCAGCUCAGUUGCCCUGGAGGACUCAAAACGAUCUGAAGCUGAAGCUGAUGAUCAAAUGAAUGUUACUCAGAUUUGUGGGAUUGUGCCCGAAAAUAUUUCAGAAGACAUGGAUCUGCCUCAAUGUCUCUCAGCUACAGAGGUUGAAAAUAUUGAGGGCUUUUCUGAGAAGGGCCCAGUUGGCAGCAUAGUGGCAAUGCAGGGAUCAAAAAGUUCUAAAUCUGAAAUAGAUGACCAAAUGGAUGCUUCUCAGGUUCAUAAACUUGUGGCAGUCGAUGCUUCAGAAAAAGUGGGUUUGCCUGUCUGUUCUUCAGCAACCAAGAGUGAAAAUGUUGAGGAUUCAUCCAAGAAAAGUGCUGUUGACAGCUCAGAAGCAGUGAAUGAAUCAAAAGGGUCUGAAGCUGAAGAGGGUAAUCGAAUAGAUGUUUCUCAGCACAGUUUGCUUAUGCCCAAAAGUAUAUCAGAAGCCGUGGUUCGGCCUUCCUCUUCCUUAGCAAAAGAGGACAAAAAGAUCGAGGACUUACUUGUCAAGGUUCCAGUUACUAGCUCAGUACCACGGGAGGAAACCAAAGGUUCUGAAGUUGAAAUGGGUGAUCAAAUGGAUGAAUUGCAGACUGGUUUGAUUGCUCCAGAAAAUACAGUUUUGGACCUGCCUUCAUCUUCUUUAGGGACAGAGGAAGAGGGGACUGAGGUUUUCUUGGAGAAGGGUCCAGUUAGCAGCUUAGCACCACUGGAGGAAUCAAUUUGUUCUGAAGCUGAGAUGGAUGACAGAAUUAAUGUAUCUCAGGUUGUUGGGAUUUUGCCACUAGAAAAUAAAUCAGAAAACAUUGAUAUGCCUUCAUCUUCCAUAAUGGUAGAGAAAAGAAGUGAGGACUCUGAUGUGGGCCCAGUUGGCAGCUCAGUAGCAGUGGAGGAAUCGAAGGGAUGCAAAGCUGAAAUGGAUGAUGGAAUGACUGUGUCUCAGGUGCCAGGAAAUGCUUCAGAAAACAUGGAUCUGGCUCAAUGUUCCUCAGCAACAGAGGGUGAAAACAUUGAGGGCUUAUCUGAGAAGGGUCCAGUUGGCAGCUUUGUAGCAGUGGAGGAAUCAAAUGAUCAAGUGAAUGUUUCUCACGACUGUGGGGUUGUGCGAGAAGAAAAUAUAUCAGAAGACAUUCAUAUGCCUUCGUCUUCCAUAGGGACUGAGGAAGAAAAGCUUGAGGACUCCUCUGUGCCAGAAGAAAAUAUGUCAGAAGACAUUCUUAUACCUUCGUCUUCCAUAGGGACUGAGGAAGAAAAGGUUGAGGACUCCUCUGUGCGAGAAGAAAAUAUAUCAGAAGACAUUCAUAUACCUUCCUCUUCCAUAGGGACUGAGGAAGAAAAGGUUGAGGACUCCUCUGUGCGAGAAGAAAAUAUAUCAGAAGACAUUCAUAUACCUUCCUCUUCCAUAGGGACUGAGGAAGAAAAGGUUGAGGACUCCUCUGUGCGAGAAGAAAAUAUAUCAGAAGACAUUCAUAUACCUUCGUCUUCCAUAGGGACUGAGGAAGAAAAGGUUGAGGACUCCUCUGUGCGAGAAGAAAAUUUAUCAGAAGACAUUCAGCUGCCUUCAUCUUCCAUAGCGACUGAGGAAGAAAAGGUAGAGCACUCCAAUAUCAGUCCCGUUGCCAGCUCAGUAACACUGGAGGAAUCAAAAGGAUCUGAAGCUCAGGUUUGUGAGACUGUGCCAGAAAAUGUCUCAAAAACCUUGGAUCUGCCUGCGUGUCCCUCGGCAACAGAGGGUGAAAAUAUUGAGGGCUUAUCUGAGAAGGGUCCAAUUGGCAGCUUAGUCGCAACGGAGAAAUCAAAUGACUCUAAACCUGAAAUUAGUGAUCAGAUGGAUGCUUCUCAAACCCCAGGUUCAUCAGCAACAGAAAGUGAAAAUGUUGAGGAUUUAUCCGAGAAGGGUGCGGUUGCUCGCUCAGAAGCAGUGGAUGAAUCAAAUGGGUCUCAAGCUGAGAGGGUAUAAAUGUAGGAUUUUCUUGUACAGUUUUGUUGUCAUUUCCUGCUGAUAUCAAUUGGUUCUAUGGCAUCUCAAAUUACACCAUAUGGUAAUUAUGAAAUUUUAUUGCCCUGUAUUUAAGUUAUUACUUGCUUUCCAGUUAUAUGUAGAUCGAGUAUCGUUAAAUGUAAAACGAAUCUAGCCAACCCUUCAGGGCCUUUAUAUGGGCUCUCUUCAUUUAUGCGUUUCUUUUAUCUGUCAAAAUUAUCAUUCUCGACA